AUCGCUCGGGUCGCAAAAGGAGCGCCAGGGGGGAAGCGCUUCGUCGGAAGAGCCGUGACCAUACGUUCGAAGACCUUCGCAGCUCUGUGGACGACAUGCUACCGACGUCAUCUACCGGCAGAGCAGCAGCUCUGGCAGCUGCUGCACGCCCAAAGAGCCACGCAGGCCAGCCUGUUCCCGUGCGACAAAGGCUGGUAGCGUCUCUUCCAUCUCGAGAGAUGAGCAGGUUUUUGGCAGCUUGUCUUGCCUGGUACAUGGCCUCUGCGUUGAGCAGCAACACUUCCAAGGCUCUUUUAUCAGCACCAAGGCGGAAAUCGGAGGCGGCGGCUCUGCCACCCUUGUCUGCGCCAUUUCCGUAUCCAGUCUCCUUGACCUUGAUACAAUUCCUCUUUGUGCAUAUCUUUUGCGCCAUGGCCGCCUCACGGACUUUGACAUCCUUUAUCGGACUUCGGACACCACUUGCCAAGCUGCAGCAACCCAGUUGGAAUCGCAUCAGGGAAAUGGGCACGUUGAGCAUCUUCAAUGCUGUAGGACACGCGCUGUCCAGCUUGGCCAUCUCUAGAGUGCCGGUCAGCACAGUCCAUACUAUCAAGGCUUUGACGCCGCUUUUCACAGUUCUAUCUUUUCGCCUGCUCUUUGCCGUUGUCUAUCCGUUCAGAACCUACGCAUCUCUCUGCCCUCUAACGCUCGGAGUGAUGAUGGCGUGCACUGGCAUGGCUUUCAACGCCGAUGACCUGCUCGGACUGAUGGCCGCGCUGGCGAGCACGUUGGUCUUUGUCGCGAACAACAUUCUUUCAAAGAAGGUGCUGACAAAGGGCGGUCAUGGGCCAGGCGAGGGUGAGAAGACGGACAAGUAUAGUGUGUUGUACUACAGCUCCGGUAUCUCAUGCGUUAUCAUGCUGCCAAUGGUCAUGUACGCCGACCUGCCCAGCAUGCUUGCAGCAGCUGUGACGCCAGAUGACCCAUUGCAGAAGGAGCGCCUACACGAUCAUCUUCUCGAAACGAGCACCGGAGUUCGUGGUAUGCAGGCCACAGCGCUGGGAGUCAUGUGGGGUUUGACGGUGAAUGGCAUCGUGCACUUUGCUCAAAAUGUCAUCGCAUUCAGUGUCCUUGGCCUGGUCUCGCCAGUCACGUACAGCAUUGCAGGUCUUUGCAAACGGAUCUUCGUCAUUGUCGUUGCGAUCAUCUGGUUCGGGCAGUCAGUGAGCACCUUGCAGUGGCUGGGCAUCUUUCUGACCUUUCUGGGCUUGUAUUUGUACAACGACGCGAAAACGCGUUCCAGCAACGCUGCAGGAGAUGCAAAGAUUCGAAGAGACGAUCGGCAGACGCUGCCUGUCACGAGGGGAGAUUUGCCUACGGAGCAUAUCGCUUUGCCACGCCUACAUCACGCCGCUCCACUCAGCAAUCUUGCGCUGGGCAACAAUCCAGAAUCUUCAGCCGGACCUUCACGACCCAGCCAAGGCCAUGGAACAGCAUUUGUGUCGUCAGGCCAGCACGCAAACGCCCGGCACGGGCCCUCGCAUUCUGCAGGCUUCAAGGACUUUAUCGGCGCUGCCAACGCGUUCGAUCCGAGAGGGUCUAUACCCACGCCGCCCCCUAGUGGACAGAACAGCGACGAUGGGGCAGACGGCAACGCCGGCCGAAAACGAGAUUAAGUUUGCAACUUCUUGCCAUGGUCCGCCAGGAGAUCAUCGUCUAGAGCAUAGAAAUCGCAAUGUAUCUGCGCACUAGCCGCUCUGCUCAGACUCGACUCGCCUUUGUGACGACUCAAUGUCUGCGGGUGUCUCCUUGUGACGGUGUCCUCGAGAAUUUUCCUCGGUUGGUCUGGCCAUCUGCAGCGCCUAAAUCAAUUG